AUGGCGCGAAACAUACAAUGGAACUGUCGAGGAUUGGUCAAUAAAAUCAACGAACUACAUAAACUAACGAAAAAACCUGAUAUUAUCUGCCUUCAAGAAACAUGGCUCAAAGAAGAAAAGAAAAUCAAUAUAGAAAAUAUGGACAUAAUACGAAAAGACAGAACAACGCAAGAAAUGGGAGGAGGUGUUCUAAUUGGCAUCAGCAAGAAAAUUGAAAUAGAUGCUACAAUAACAGGCAGAAUAGAAAGGGUUGGAUGUCAAAUUCAAGACGACGAUAAGGAGGGGAUCAACAUAGUAUUCAUGUAUAACCCACCAAACAACGUAAUCACGGAAAAAGAAUGGCGAAAAAUCCUGACACAUCUAAUGAGCAACAGUCCAGAUGCAAUAGUUAUAAUAUGCGGCGACCUUAACGCUCAGUCAGAAAUGUGGGGAUCUACCAUGGAGAAUCAAAAUGGGAAGAACCUGGAAAAAGCAAUUUCAAUACUACCUAUCCAUAUACUCAACACAGAAGAGACUGGCGGAAAACUACUAAGAAAACCCAACACAGAUGAAACACCAAAGUCAGAAAGAAAACCAAUCAAGUGGCCAACCACCAAACCAUGGUGGUACCAGAAAUAG